AACAGCCGGUUCCAAAAAGCUACCAACCCUCUUUAUUUUUGCAUGUAGAAGCACUUAAAUAUAGCAUUUUGAGCUUUCGUAACUGAGUUUUGAAUGUUCUAGAAUUUUUUUUUUUCUCGUCUGUGAUUGUGUAAUGGGCUGAGUAGGAAAUCCGUCAGAUUUGAUCAAGUCUCUUUCGGGUAGCCGCGAGUGCCGUCAUAAGCAUCAACCAAUUAGAAUGCGAGUUGUCGGUCAUCUGAUCGCAAAGUCAACACUCCAGAGUUUCCUUUCGAACAAGAAAAACAUGGCGGUGAAAUUGAUGAGUCGUUUGUUUUUUAAGUAGAAUUUUUAACGUUGUAGCCCUGGAUAAAGCACAUAAUGGGUUGAUUUAUACGAUGCAGUAUAUGGUUUGGCUAACUAGACCAGAAUGGAUAAACAUGACCGCUUUCUCGCUAUCAACCAAACGCUCCCUGGCUUGGAAGAUUUUCUCAAAGUGGUCCUUGGUAGCGAGUCAUUGAGUGAGGAAGCGAACAGACAACGAAUUGAAUUUCUCAGAAGGUUAGAAAGUGUAUCGCGACCGCCAUCGCUGCCGCCUAGACCUGCAAACUUGAGUGAAAUUUAUCGCACGCGUCUCCAGCAAAACGAAGCUCCGUCCGGAAGCGGCCUACAAGAUGAAAGCAGUGUGUAUAAAAACGACAAAGCAAUAGACCCAGUUCAGUUUGCCUCACAGCAACGUGAAUUAUCCAGAAUCGCUACCCUGUGCAAGACUUAUGCUCCGCAAACUGUUAUUAUCGGCGAGAAGGGAAAUAGAAAUGGAGGCUUGUAUUUUGCAAGGCCGGGAAACACAAGGGAUGGCAUUCGAGACUCCAUACAGAGUACAAGCAGUAUGGAAGAUGACCUCUAUGAACAUCUGAGUUUGAAAAGCAUUUCACCCUCGGAUCCUGUCAGCACACAGGACGCUGAUGGAAGUACUAAAACAGAAGAUUCAUUUGUGUUUCCCAGCCCACCAAAGACUCCUCAGGAACAUUCCUCCUCUAUUUACAUCCCCACUCGGUCAGGCAGUUUGAGGGCUUCUGGAGGCAAAGGCAGACUGUCUACAGGAUGGUUUAAGAGAGAGGCAAAAUUGAAUGAGGAAGUUUACGUGUCACACUUAAGGGAACCAGUAAUCAAAGGAUAUCUCAAGGAUAUCAAGGCAAACAAAAGGCGUUGGUGUGUUUUACAAGGUAAUCGCUUACAUAUCUUCAAGAACCAAGAAGAUCCAGCAAUCAUGAUUCUGUACUUGCCAGAGUGCAACAUUGGUGUUGAUGAUAAGAAGAAGAUCAGCUAUAGUUUUAGACUGAUUCCUGCUGACGGUCCAGGUGUGACGUUAGCCAUAGAAGAUGGCCAGGACCUUUCUCCAUGGAUGAGUGCAAUUAUGGCCGCAGCUGUACGACGAAGUAGUAUUGACCGGCCUGUCAGUCCUCUAGAAGGGUUGUUUUCUUUGGAGCAGGCUAGAGCAGAGAGGAUGCGUAGUUCUGAAUUGGACGGUGGUAUAGAAGAGGAACAUGAAGAACUGGAAGAGGACAUUUAUGAACAACCUAUUGACCAUAGUGUGUGUGGAAUGCCAUCUGCUCACAGUACCCCUGUGACAACAGAAUCCAAGGACGAGGAGGAUGAAGGUUAUGAUGCACCUCUCCCUCCCCUCCCUAUUGACGAUGAUGGUUCCUCUUCAGAAAGCAGCUCAGAUGAGGAUGAAAGCAUGGAGAAAAAAGUGUCUGAUGAAAAGGCUGCAGUAAAGAAGAAAAUUUACGAUGAAAUUCCUCCUGAUCUACUGGCAGAACUUACAGCUGGGCAACACAAAGGAGGCAGUGAAACAACCAAAAGCCAAGACUCUAUUUGCGAUGAAGGAUCGACCAAUGACCAAUCGUUGGACUUCACUGACAGUCACAGUGAGCACAGUGGGAAUAUCAGCAACAGGCACAGCUAUAUUGAGCCUAUAGCGAGUGAUGAUGCUGUUAGCUCUGAACUUAAAGAGGAGGAGGAGAACAUGGAAAAUGUGUCAAGGAAGAGAACUUCCACAGUUCUCAGCAUUAGCACGGAGUCAGUAUGUUCUGAUACAGAACACGCAAGAACUAGUUCAGUUACUUCUGACACAAGUGUAACUUCCAAAGGUUUAGGUCCCAAAGUGAAGAGAAGAAAGAAACUUGUUCCUGCCGAAGCUGAGCUUCAGUUUCUGCAAGAUCCCUGUGCAAUGCACAGUGGAAUCUUGUAUCAGAAGCGCAGGUUGGGUGUCUGGUCAAAACGCUACUGCAAGAUUAUCGACAGCAGAUUUAAGUGUUAUCGAAAUCCAGCUGACGAGAAACCAAGCCUGAACUUUCCAAUUCUUGGUUAUGAUGUAAGUUUGAUUGACAACAAAGAGUCAAGGAAGAGUUACUGCAUCAAGAUAUCGCACCCUAGCCAGGAGACUUACUAUUUCGCCACAGAUUCACGUGUCUCGAUUGAACGUUGGAUUGAGGUGCUGUCUUUGGCUGCUACAGGGAGGCUUGACGUGAUUGCCCCAUAUCCUCCUUACUUUUGUGCUGAGCAAUCUGGAGAUGAGUUAAAAAGUAGGUCAAGGGAAUCAUUGCUUAGUAGCGAGGGAAGGCUUUCGGAUGAUGAUAGUGCAGACACUCUGGAUGAGUUGGACCCUCCAGCUGAGAAAGGUCAGAGUCUCAAUAGACUUGAAGCAAAGGAAGAACAGAAAAUAUUACCUCCUGAGACGACAUAUGCAGUGCUGCCUAAUGAAUCUAGAAAUGUGGAAGUUUCAGUCCAAACCGAAGAGAAGUGUCAGGAAGGUGGAGCUGAACAGUCUCCAGAGACUGGAAAGAAAGAGAGAACACAAAAGAAAAGGAAAGAAAAACCAAGAGAAGGAACGAAAACACCCUCUACCAUGAGUCCUCCUCACAGCAUGUUCAUCAGUGAGUCUGUUGACGGGCAGGCCAAACCUGAACCAAUGAAUGAAGAAUACGCUUCACUUCCUCAAGGCAAUGCAAAGGAGACCAGCGAAGAUUCUACCGCCAAGAAAGACAAGCGUUGGACAGACACUCUGAAAAAGAAAAAGCUAUCACGCGGCAAUUCCUAUGACUACAGAUUACGGGGAAAUGUCACACCUUUGACUCACCCAGACAGCGCUAAGAACAAGCAUCCAAGUAUGAGAAGAAAGAAUUCACAAACAAUCGUCAAUUUGACGAAUUUGUUUGAUAGAGAAGGGCGUUUCUGUGGUUACCUCACCGAGGUUAGGUACAAUAAGUUUGGUACAACGCAUUUAAGACGGUGGUGUGUUGUUAAGAACGGAUUAUUAAUCCUCUUCAACAGCGAAAGAGAAGACACGCCUCAAGUAAAGCUGUCGCUAGUGGAUAUGUGGCUUACGGACAAGAGCGAAGAGUCUCGAAACAAGUUUUGCUUUGCGCUCGAGGACAAGGAUGGUAACGAGACGACCUUUCAGACGACAGUCGAAGAAGAUUUCCAGAAAUGGAUGGGUGUACUUGAGUUGUUCACGGAGUUACGCGUGGAGAGACCGCAGCCUGAAGUAGCGGCAGAGCCCCUCGGAAAAACGGAUUCUUGUGCCAGCGAUUUGGGAGACGGAUCGUUUGAGCGGGGGACUUUACGAACAAAGAGUUCCCGCGCGGCCGCAAAAAUAAAGGACGAAAUUUACGCCCUGGCUCCCGGGAAGGUGAGAACGUCGCUAAGAAUGAAGCUAUCUCAGAGAAGGAAUGUGAUUGAUUUUUUCCGGAAAACACACAGCUCGUAUGACUUAGAGGCUGGGGCGCCUCCUGAGGGUUCAUCCCUCCCGGAAGCUGAUGUCGACACCUUGGCUGUUUUCGGCGGCAAUUUGACACAAGUAGAAUCAAACGGGUCGACGAAUUCAAGAUGGUGUACGAUCAAACAGAAAGAACUGAUGAUUUUCUCAGACCGUAAAGCUUCUGAUCCACUUCGCAAAAUACCUCUGUUAAGAUCAGCAUUCGGUGAUUUGAGCGACGAUGAAAGCAGCCCGAACAGGUUUCAGAUUCGUUUUUGCAACGAGACCCUUGUGUUCGAGGCAUGCGAUAAAUUUGAUCACAACCGAUGGCUCCGAAUGCUGGCCUCGGCGAUCGAGAGACGAAACUCGAGCGACGACGACAGGCCGAAGUGCGUCGGUCGGCUAACUUCGCCAACGUUUACGAAAAAGAAGAUACUACAUCGGAGGAAUCGGAGCGAGGCGUUGUCACAAGAAGAGGAGACGCCUACAUCAGCGACCAAGACACGUGAAGGUUCUACAAGUACUACUGAUAGGCUCAUGAGCGGGUAUCUUCAGGAGGUCCGUGAAACCCACGGCGCUAGAACUCUUUUGCGCCGGUGGUGUGUAGCGACGAGCGAGGAGUUCAUCGUGUAUGAGAAUCAAAACUCCAAGAAAGCGUCGUUUGAGUGGGAACUCUCACAAAUGUCCGUUCAAGAUCAGAGUGACAUGGAUGCGGGGUCGUUUGGGUUUCGUGUCUCUCUUGGCGCGGAAAAGCUGUGUUUUAAAGUUAUUGACGAAGACUCCGCGCGACACUGGUUGAGCGUGUUAGCACGCUAUUGCCAUUCAGUUGCGGCGAAUGAACCGCUAAGGUCGAAUAGCAAAGAGGACAAAAGGCGCUCUGCGAGCGAUAACGAUCUGAAAUCGAAAUCGACCGAAGAGGACCCGAACGUUCUCGAAGUGCUUAGCGAAGGAAGGGCGAGCGGACGAAAGCUCAUGCGAAGGGCAACCGAAGAUUCGACUUUCUUCCGAAAGUUCAAUCGUUCCGAGUUGUUCAAGGCGCCGUGGCGAGCGUCUACAGAGAAGCUAGAGGUAAAGAUGAGGGAUCGGGAACGAUCAGGCCGAGCGGCGGCUAAUAAGGCCUUGAAAAGGUUCUCUUGCGGCAGUCUAUUCGACAGCGACGGAAAGUACACCGGUCAUCUGAUGGAGCUUAUAACCCACGAGUUGUACAGUAGUCAAGUGCGAAGAUGGUGUGUCCAGAAAGAUGAUUAUUUAUACGUUUACGAGAACGAGGCCGCUGAUGAACCCAUUAAAGUUAUUCCUCUCUGUAACGCCAAAGUACUGGAUACCAGUGACGUCGAAGGCUGUGUUUACAGAUUCAGAGUCGAUUAUGGCGAGGGGAAGACUGUGUUUUUUCGAGCACUAACUCGCACCGAUUUGGAAAAGUGGACGACUGUCAUCUCAGUGAAGACCGCUGUUCUGCUGGACCGGAGCGAGAGACAGCUCAGACGCAGCCGCACGUUUAGUUCAGAGAAAAGCUCCAGUGAAAGCGAGGUAACCUCACCGAUCAUCGAUUACAGAGCCGCCCGAACUCUGACUGCCGACUCUGGCUCUUAUAAUGAAACGGUUUCCAUCUGGUCUGCUGAUAGUGUCUUUGACCCAGCAAAUGAUCCCAGCUCAGAAGGUUUAAAACCUGUUAAUCCAGAUUACGAAAACGUUACAUCUCCUGUAGAACGAAAAGAUGAACAGCCACCGAAUGACCAACGCAACGAUUUGCCUUCAGCCGAAAGUACAGUUUCGGAAGCUGAGUUUUCUGGUAGCAACCGUAAAACUGGCAGUAGUCUUUCGAGUAUCGAAGACUUGAGUCACGUUUACGAGAAUUUCUUGGCCUUCGCUUCCGCGAUGGCUGAAAGAAGUCCCGAAUUCCAGGAACAGCUUUAUCACGUCUACGAGAAUGUUACACAAGCGCUGGAUAGAGGAAAUCAGGGAAGCACGCAAAACGAAGGACAAAUUACAGAAGAGCUCCCUGAAGAGGUCCGGCAAGGAAGUAACGAGGGAAAUGAACUGGGGAGCCCUUCGAUGGAAAUGUCAUCAGAGUUCGAAAAGAUCAGUUUACGGGAAAAUGACGAGAAAGACUCUUCGAACGCGUACAGAUACUCAGGAAUCUCUGGCGAAUCCGAGCUGGAGAAAGUUGUGGAGGAUGCCAACGAAAAUGAGCACCAUGUUCUGGAUGCCGCGGCUGAAGACGAGAAGAGUGCACAGACUGAAGCUAAUCAAUCAGACGUGAUGGUGAGGGGUGGUUCUGCGUGUGAGACUACGAGCGCAGCUGUUGUAAGUGCGUCUAGAGGAGCUGAGGAGUUGGUGGAAGUUCCAGUUAGCAGUGGCAGCGAAGACCUGGUGCCGAACGAGGAUGUUGUCAACGAAAACGAGCAGGAAACAGUCGCGAACAGGAACGACAACGAGAUUGAAGAGAUUCGUGAUUUUGAGAAAGACACGGGAUGCAUCAGUGUUGAGGAUUCCAUCAACAUCAGUGAUGGACUGUACGAGUUGCAAUCAGAAACUGGUGAAAACAUGAAUGAAGUGGCAACAAGUCAGUCGUCCCUACAAGAUGAAAGCGUUCAAGAAGAUUCUUCCAGCCGUCCUUUGGUUCAUGUCGACCAUAUAAGUGCUGUUGAAAUGGGAGAUAGCUCGCUUUAUCUGGUGGAACAAGUAAACGACCAAGUGGGGCGAGAAAUCAAGGGUGAGGAGUUUAGCGGGCCUUUUGUUCAGACAAGCGAUGUGUUAGAUGCUGUUCGAGUUUCGACGCCGUGUGACAGCAAUAGUUCUGAAACCCUUUUGGAACGGGGUUGUCUUGCUUCGACUGUUGAAAAGUCUGCUUCAAACGGGGACGAUGAAAGCAGAACCUCGAAUCUUGAAGUCCAAGAUUCUAACAAUGCUCUUGAAUUUACUGGAAAUGAUUUCAACGUUGAAAACGACGAUGAAAGCUUGAACAAGCCCGAGGUCUCUGAAGCUGAGCCACCGAGUUUGAGUGCAGCGGAAGACGACGAGUAUCAGAAAGAACUUCAAGAUGGCGAGCGUGGCACUGAAGGAGGGAAAACAUGGAACAGUGCAGAUACAAUCCUUGAAGCGUCCGAGAAUGUUUGUGCAGCUAAAACUUUCGAGCCAUCUUUACCAGUUACGUUGAAAUGCCCCAAAGAAGCCGAGGUUCCCUGUGAACAAACUCUUGCGUCGGAAGUUAACUUAUCUGAGCACGCGCAGAUUUGGGAAGAAGCUGUGACGCGCGUAGAUGAAAGUCCUUCCUCGACAACGCAAGACUUCGAAUUAGAAAGUCACGCCCUGCCAGAAUCACCGAACAGUGAUCUUGAAAGUGGAGACUUCACCUCCGCACAAGGCAGCCCAGAGGUUGAGUCUUACGAAGUGGGUAAUGAUUCAAAGCAAGAAUACAACGCCAUUAACAAUGUCGACCAGUCUCUUUCAUCUAGUCUGCCUGGCCAGACCAAUCGAGAAGAUUUCAGUCCAGAAACCGGGAUAGACUCUGCCAGUGCUAUUGAGAUUUAUUCAGAAACGGUCGCGAACUUUCCAGAGGAACGUUAUGCAAAAUCCAACCAACUUGAACAAAAACCUUCCACUGGGUUCGAAUUUUCUAAUGAGCAUGCUGAGAAAUUCCAAGCUACGGGCGUACGUGCUGACGAUUGCCUGGGCAAUGAACCUGUAGAAGAUAAUUCAUCGCUUCAACAAGAUAUUGAAGAAGCCGAGGAUACUCUGGACGAGGGCAUCGAGUUAGAAAAAAGGUGCUCUUCAAGUGAGGGAUACUAUACUCCUGAAGAUACUAUAGAACUGUUAGUUAGAAGAGAUAGUAUUGCAGAAGAACAAACCGAGACAGAUUGUGCGAGUGAUAGAACUCAAAACAGCAAUCCUGAACUUGGUUGUACAAGCAAUGAAACAAAACCAAGUGAUCCCAAAAGUGUUUUUCAGUCGGAAAAAGAUGUAGCGACGUCAUGUUUACAACAAGGCAAUCAUGAGCUUGUUAGAGAACUAGAAACUGAUAGUACGAACUCACAAAGCCAGCCCCCUAGCGCCUGGAGUAACCAUGAUUCAAGCUUAGGAGUCACACAGGAUCUGACAAGAAGCCAAAUGGAUAUCCUGAAGGCUGUGACGGCAGCUUUCGAGGAGAUUCUGGAACUUCACGGCGACGAUAGUGACACAGACGACACCAGACUGUGAUGGAGGCUAGAAAACAUUUAGUCCAAGAAUUUAUCAACAGUUUAAGUAAGCAAACUGCUUCUUCGUACGCUCAAUGUUUCCUCAAGAGAAGUCUAAGAUUCGAGCCUAGAAAUUCCAUUCUGUUGACAAAGAUGUACGGCAUCAGCGCAGGUUCUCUGAUUGGCUGUCUUUUGCGCGGGAAAAUUCAGAAAUAGCCAAUCAGAGGCUUUGUAAAAUUACGUUAUUAACACGGAAUUUUUCGAGUCUAAAAACUUGGUUAAGAUUUCUGCGCGCGAAGAGUGACUUCUGUUUACUGAGGCCUAAGCAACUUUCCUCAUUUUCAAGGCACCAGGAUAGCCGAAGGUCGAUAUAUCAAAAUUCUAACAUGGCAUCGGGGUUUUCUGCCAAAAUUCAAUAUUUGAUCUUGUUUUAUUUGUAUCAAGUCUCUCGUGAGAAUUGCCAGCGAGAGGAAUCUUAGAGAAUUUGCUAGUUGAGGCAAAGAGCCUCGGAUUCAUGUUAGAAUUUUGAUAUAUCGAACAUGGACUAUUGUUGACUAUCGCCUAGAAUGAUUGAAUGCACUGGUGAAUCAUUCCAGCAUACAAACAGUUCAGCAAGUUUACUCAAAUUCAAAACACAGCGUGGAUGGUGUUAAGGCAAGGCUAAACGGCUACGUCGCGAAAACACCGUAGAUACAAUCAUUUCCACUAGCUUACACUGCUCCAAAGCCGAAAAUAUGAGGCAAAAAAUAUUUCUGAAGCAUUUCAAACCCUUUUUACUUCGUGAUCAUUUGUUUCAGCAACAUUGUUUCCUAGAAAUGACUUGUUCCCUAGCAACCCCACUGCUUGAAAUUUGUGGGCUCAGUUUUUAAGAAAACUUUGUUCCAAUAAUAUAUUCCUAUAAGAAAUCGAUUUUCAUAUUUCGUUACAACUCGCAGUGUUUCCGAACUAGAAGGAAUUUUGGCCACAGGAUUGUUGCACCGUGGGCAGGAACAUUACUUACUCGAUCAACGUUGUUAAGUUGUUCUUUUACAUUACUUUUUGGUGGAGAUGGGACGGAAAAUCUGCUUCAGAGUAUGUUAGUUAGCUAGGCUAGAUUUUUUUUAAUGGCUUAUCCCAUCGCUCACAUCCUGUUCUACAGUUGUCUGUCUUAAUCCCAAACCUGUUGAUGAAAAAAAACGCUUCAAAUAACAAUAUUCUACGUUGUACUUUGAAAUUUCAAAUUAUUACGAGUUCUUAAACUGUAGGGAUAUUAACUUUUCUGUUACUGAUGAAGGCCUGCGUGACUUGGCCAUGGCAAAGAAGGCGUGACUAUACUGCCUGCGCCGUCAAAUGUUUGCGCUUUCGUUGACUAUGCAAUCAGAAUUGCAUCAGCUAAGAGAUAAAUUUUACUAUUAAGCAUAAUGUUAUAACAGGUAUUCACAGCAAUUAACAUUAAGAAAGUAAAUAGUCAUUACUGUAGGAUAUGUUCAAAUCAAAAUAUCACGCGACGUAAAUAUGUCACGCAAUCAAUUUUUCUCGCUUUGAAAAUGAUUAAUAUAAUGAUAAAUAGAUUAACGUUCUGUUAAAAUCAAAACUUAUUGAAAUAUUGUCUAAUUCAUGCCAUUUCAUCGGUUCAAACGUUCAAUGAUGUGAAAGAAAUUUUUUAAGAAAUGUAUGAAUUUAAUUUAAAUUAUAGUCUAGUUUAUUUAAGUUUGAAAGAGGAAGUACAGUCUUGGAAAUUUUGCAAGGAUUACAAAUGUACACGUGUUGUUGAAGUGUCUUGAGUGAAUUGUUGAUAUCUACGUUCAUAACAGAAUUUCUCACUUUGUCGUUCACCCUGUUUCAAAUUAUACAUUUUGAGUAAACGCUCAGUUUACCAAUGCAGGCGUCCUCAAGCUUUUUGUUCGGUGUUUGCUGGAGAGUUUGAGGUAAUUGUGGCUUCUGUAAUAUAUGCUGUACAGUUGAAGUAAUAUUCCAAAUCAUUUCAUAGGAACCAAGGUGUCUGUUAUAGACAAUAAAAGAGAAGGAAAGUGA